AUGCCGCCUGCUCUACAUUAUGAUGCACCGUCUAUGGUACCGCCCACUGCACCACCAUUUGUACCACCUACUGCACCACCAGCCACGGGCCGAGUGUACACCCUUGAUCGCCAGCAGUCAGACAGGGCACCAUACCUUGUUAGAGGUACUAUUUCCAUUGGUGGUUAUGAUGUGGAUGUAUUGUUUGAUUUCAGGGCUACACACUCUUUCAUCGCGACCCUGAUUGCUGUGGGGCUUGAGUUGCCCAUUUCUAUGCUUUCUCCACCUUUGCGGGUGACUACCACCACUGGGGAGAAAUGUGAUACUUCCUCUGUACACCGUGAUGUUGUGUUUCAGUGGGAUGGCCGUGAAUUUUUGGUAGACCUGAUUGUGGUGAUGUCUCCUUGUGAUUUCCCUACCGGUUCUUCUCCUUAUUUAUCAGUGCUUCAGGCGAUAAAGGCCCUGAGAGCAAGAGCAUUGGGCUAUGUUAUGCUGGGAGUUUUGGUGAGAAGGACACAAGAGGAUAUUACCAGCAUUCCCGUGGUGAGGGAAUUCCUUGAGGUGUUUCUUGAGGAUAUUCCUGAAUUUCCGCCACAGCAAGAGAUAGAGUUUUCUAUUGAUCUUUUACCUGGUGUAGGGCCUAUUUCACUAGCUCCAUACCAAAUGUCUCCACCUGAGUUAGCGGAACUAAAGAAGCAUAAUGAGGAUCUUUCCGCGAAAAACUUCAUCCGACCGAGUGUGUCUCCAUAG